CAUUUCCUACCUUUGGUAAAACACUCUAUAAGACGCUUCUCUGCGCAUUCUGGAUGGUUAAAACCCGAACGCCCUUUGAUCCCGUAUCUGAACCAGACUGGUGGCCAGGAUUCAAGUUCCUGUCUGCAAGCCUUCCGGUCUCAUCCACACCAGGGGAUGUCGCUCGGGACUUGUUCAUCUGACCUCCACGUUGUACAACAAACACCAGGGGCGGAUGCUGGAAGCCAGGGGAGAGGGGCUCGCUUCAAAGCCGCGGGCCCAGAGCCCCUGCAGUUCCAGAUGCUCGGGACUGGAAUUCCUCCCCCUGGAAGCUGCUGUUUUGGAAAAGAGCGGGGCGGGGCCGGAGCGCUGACAGUGCAGCGGGGACGGGGGAGGUUCCCUUUUAUUUCAGGUUUCGACACUUGAGUCAGGUUUCGUGACACUUGAGCGUCCCGGGGAGCAGAGGCUACGCGGUGUCUCGUGGGCGGUGCGGGAGCCGCCGAGGGACCCGGCUGUGCCGCUCUGCCCGGAGCAAGAGGGGGCGAGCUCGGCAGCCCGCGGGAUGAUUUGCAGGAAGCUGUGCGCCUGCCCGAGCUCAUCGCAACUUUGCGGGUCACUGUGCUAACACCCCGAACCGGUAACGACAAGAGGGGUCACGGGAAGAAGCUCGGGAAAUGAAAGGAGAGAGAUCCGAGAAACGAAAUCCCGGGGGCGGCGGGGAGAGUUGCCAGAGUUUUCGCAAAGCAGCUCGCAGACGCACACGGCGAGGCAGAGGGAGGAGGAAAAGGCUGGGCUUCGGCAACCUGCUCCUGGGAUUCAGACAAAGGAGGCUGGAAAGAGGCGGGAUCGGUUUCUGAUAGCAGCUCCGGGAGAGAACCAGCAGCUGGAUGAAACUGAGUGAAUCCUCAGCGUAUCCUUCCCAGCAGAAAUGACUGGACUAUGUGCCGCAAUAGGAACUCGGGAGAAAAAGUAAGUUUGGGGAAGGAGUUACAGAUUCUGGCGCACGUUGACAUCUCUCCCCUCCUUGAGGUAUGCCUUCAUCCCUGCGGUACCUCUUUAUAGUUUCUGUCUCUACUGUAACCAUCUUUAUCGUCUUCUAUGUGUUCACUUUUGGGGGAGAUCAAAGCUACCAGAAGCUAAAUAGCUCAGACACUUUAAUGCUGACUCAAGUUUGCACAUCCUUUAUCAACGGGAAAACUCCUUUCCUGUGGAGAAACAAACUAACGAUCUAUGAGAAGUCUUCUUGCAGGGAAUACUUGACCCAAAGUCACUACAUCACAGCCCCUUUAUCUCAAGAAGAAGUGGAGUUCCCUUUGGCCUAUAUAAUGGUCAUCCAUCACAAUUUUGAAACCUUCGCCAGGCUCUUCAGGGCUAUCUUCAUGCCCCAAAAUAUCUACUGUGUCCAUGUGGAUGAAAAGGCCACAGUUGAAUUUAAAGAUGCGGUGGAACAAUUACUGAGCUGCUUCCCAAAUGCCUUUCUGGCUUCUAAGAUGGAACCAGUGGUCUAUGGUGGGAUUUCCAGGCUCCAGGCUGAUGUGAACUGUAUCAAAGAUCUGUCCACCUCAGAGGUCCCCUGGAAGUACGUCCUCAACACCUGUGGGCAAGAUUUCCCCCUGAAAACCAACAAGGAAAUAGUUCAGUAUCUGAAAGGAUUUAAAGGGAAGAACAUUACCCCAGGGGUGCUGCCCCCAGCUCAUGCGAUUGGUCGGACCAAGUAUGUCCACCGGGAGCAUCUGGGCAAAGAGCUUUCCUAUGUGAUUAGAACGACAGCGCUGAAACCACCCCCUCCCCACAAUCUCACCAUUUACUUUGGCUCUGCCUAUGUGGCUCUGUCAAGAGAAUUUGCCAACUUUGUUCUCCAUGACCCAAGGGCUGUUGAUUUGCUCCAGUGGUCCAAAGACACUUUCAGUCCUGAUGAACAUUACUGGGUGACACUCAAUAGGAUUCCAGGAGUGCCUGGCUCUAUGCCCAACGCAUCGUGGGCCGGUAACCUCAGAGCCGUGAAGUGGAUCGACAUGGAGGAUAAACAUGGAGGCUGCCACGGCCACUACGUCCAUGGCAUCUGUAUCUAUGGCAACGGAGACUUAAAGUGGCUGAUGAGUUCGCCAAGCCUGUUUGCUAACAAGUUUGAGCUUCACAGGUAUCCCCUUACGGUGGAAUGCCUAGAACUGAGGCUUCGAGAAAGAACCCUCAAUCAGAGCGAAACCGCCAUCCAACCCAGCUGGUAUUUUUGAUCUCCGGCUGCUCACGUCUGAAGGGAAACUGCAGUUGGACAGAAGAGCCCUUCUUUGUAGGAGACUUUAGCCUUGGUUAGGGUGAUGGUUUUAGGACCACAGUCACAGCUUCAGGACCUGGCUACCUAAUUAUGCUUAAAAUAUCCACUGGACACUGUGAACACACUGACAGGUUGGCGGGGCAGAGCCACCUGGGCACUUUGGCCAGUCUGGCACCUUCUUAGUGAUCACCUCUGUGUUAGGCUUUGCUAUGAUCAAUGAGGAAUUUAAAUAUCAUUGGAUCUUUGCACCAGAUACUCAUCAUAUAAAUACAUUCUAAUAGAAAGGAGGAUAGUAGAUGAUCCUAUUUAGGAAAAAAAAAAGAAUUUAGUCUCUUUGAAGAAGGAAUCUUCUGUAACACCUUAAUAGUCUUUACUCUGUGCUUAACCACACAUGGGCACAGAAACAGCUUUCUGGGUAACUCACCAAUUUGCUGUAAACAAAAAUGGACCUUGUUCUUGAGUUUCCACACUAACGUUUUCAGUUUACCGGUGUCUGAAGUUAUGUAUACAGUGUAAAGCCAUUAAUGAGAGAGGAUGUGCUCUAAGAUAGGAGUCACCGUCUGCUACUUCAGGGAAAGGAUCUCGGGGGCAAUAACGUUUCUCCAUCAUGUGCCAGAAUGUUCUUUGAUCUCUCUUGGAUCUUUUCCACUGAGAGAACUGAGGAGUCCUCACAAGAAUGAAGGCAUUCCUAGAGGUGCUAUUGCAUGGGUCUAGUCUCAAGUCGGAAACCCCUCAGAAUGAAUGACUUCUUCUGUGACUCCCUUCCCCCAAGGUUAUCCUUCUUGCAAAACAGAGACCAAAUUCUGCCAGGCUUUUAACUAUAUCGUGCUAUUAUUCUCUGAGUAGCCAUACACUGCUCCAGGUGGAUAAGGAGAGUCUCAAUUUUUAAGGGCUUUCAGUUGUGGGUGACUGUCAUCAAUCCCUCGCCCAUUCAUUCAGCCUGCAUUCAGAAACUAUUUCUUGAGCAUUUAUGAUCCUUCAGACCCAUGCUGAGGCAAGAAGGAAAUGAAGGCAGGUUUCUCACUCUCAAAACCUUGGGAAUAAUGUUAAUAAUGAGAAGCCUGCUCUGGAAAAUCUUACGAAGUGUUGUAUUUCACACAUCCCUAGGCACAGUUAAAUAUUGUGGCAUCAGGCCCAGGAAAGCAGUAAUUAUAAAAUGAGGGCUAAGUUAGAGAUCAUUUGGAAGACAGGAGGAGGAUGCAGAAUCUGAAGCGGGUAGGGUUCUAGGCAUUCUGCUGGCUCCUGAACGUCUCAUUUCAUUCACCCUCAGCACCCUCACCCUCUUGUGGGGUCCGCAUGAUUCACCCCCAUUUUGCAGCUGAAGUAACCGAGACUCAGGUUAGCAAGCAUUAGCAAGCAUAUUCGUCAUCUGAAAAUUGGGAUUCUCUUAUUGGUCUUCAUUUCCUGAACUGGCAUAUUGAGAGAAGAUGAAAUAAAGCCAUAUUUAUAUACCAGAAAAGGUAGAUUUUAAGAAUGGUCUCAGUGUUAAUAUUGAGAAAAAGUCCUGGCACCUCAGAAAGAUGUGAAGUCUACUCUAGUAUUCCUCUAAUCCUCUGAGCUCCUAAAUAUUUAUUUAUUCUAAUGAAAACAACUACUACAACAGAUGAUAGAUUUAAUUAACACAAUUUUAUUUUUUGCUAUAAUUAUUCCUGUUGAAUGUAAAUCAUAUUUAAAGGGAAUGACUAUGAUAAAACUUUCUUUUUCCUGCUACUGAAAAAAAAAUGGAACCGUAUUGGGUAGUAAGGGGUGGAAGGGUAAGGAACGCAUCCAGGGUCAAGAUGAAGUUGUCUCUUUUCAACUUAUUAGUUCAGUGAAACAUCUGAGAAGAAGAAAUGUUUUACACUGGAUCUUUCUCAUGUAGCAUGAGGAGUUUUCUGGAAUGGAAGAUGUUUACACAUCCAUCGCUGGUCAUCUCUCCUUUAUCUUAAAUAAUAUUGGAAGAGUGGAGUGGAGUGUUUGAGCUAGUGGAUUUCUGCUAGCCCAUCAAGAUACCCUGAAACUACUGUAGCCAAGUUUGUUUAUGACAAUGUUCUGUGUUUUUUUCUCUGAAAUAAAUUAAUAUAUUGUUUUACACA